CUGUAACUUCUUCAUUCACUAAUUCAUUCUUCAGGAGUGAAAUAAAAAGGAGACAUCUGAAAUGUGGCUAAAGCUGUUAAUACCCCACUGAUGGCAGAAGCGGAGGAUCCAGCUGCUGGGGCGGCCCUGAGCACCUCUGCGUUCCUGCGGGGCUGGUGCCUGGGCACCUCCUGUACCGCGCGGGGUAGCCUGCGAGCUGUGCUGCACAGGCCGGGGGAUCCAGCUGCACACAGCUGGUCUCGAGGGGUGUUUUCUUAGAAAGAAAAAAGCAUUUAGUAAAUCUGCUGAAAAUGGGGGAUGAAACAAAGAUCGAGCUGAUCCUGUUAGAAAUGCUUUAUUUGCUUUGCUCUGCUCCUGUCAGGUUUGGUUUCUGGUUUUAGUUUUCUCCUAGUGGUAAGUUGUAUUCAGCUCUAAAUGCCAACCUGGCUUGCUGGGCGAGAGCACUAUAAAAUGGCAGUUAAAGGGCCUUUGAAUUGCUGCUGUCUGGUCCUGAGAGGCAGUCUGACCAGCUGCCUGGGGAGAGAAAGGAACAGCAGUUCCUCAGCGUGAGAGGAUCAUCCUGAUGUCGUGAAACGUUUGACUUCAGAGAGGGGGAAGAAAGGCUUGUUGACAACCGGUCGUGUUUCUGCCAGGCCGGAUUGGCUGCCGCGCGGCUUUGCGCGCGCCGUGCCCGCGGGCUUCCCGCUGCUGCAGAGCCUUUCCGUGUUGUCCCUGCGUGUGACGGCACCGGCGGCGGCGAUCUCCGCCCGGCCGUGUUUGCCCCGCGCGAGGCUGGGCGCGGGGCAGGUCUGUGCCCCCCGCGCGGGGGGCCUGCGGCGGGGCGCGGGCAGCCCUGCCCGCUGCUCGGCCUCGGCUCGUCGCUCUCGGCUGCUCGUUUAGGGCGCCGCGUGUGGAAGCGGCUGCUUGAGGCGUGAUGCUGUCCUCUGGGGGAAGCAGCGCUGUCGCGCGUUCCUGUGAUUACGCGCCUCUGAAAUUAUUCCGCAGCGCCAGCGUAACGAACGGAGCAGUAAUUCAGCGGCGGGCCUGGCAGUGCUUUGUCCUGGGGCUGACGCCGCGGCUGGGUGCAUGCUUGGCAGUCGUCUGCAAUCGUCGUGUCUGCGGCAGAAGGGCACAAAAGCAGAAAGGUCUUAACGCAAUGACACUUAGCCUUGUGGUGCCUCUGAAUUAGCCCCUGCGUCUCCGAUGCCACAGAACGUGCGGGGAAAGGCUGUGGAAGCAGUGGAGGAAGUGUUUAACGAGGCGAGCCGGUGAAGGCUGUGGCUGGCUUGAAGGGGGGAAAGCUGACACGAGCAGCUCAGUCUCCAGAGCAGGUGAGGGCUGAGGUGAGCACAGAACGGCUCUUCACCAGAUCUCGCCUCCAGGGAAGGUGUUUCGUCAUGUAGCAGAGAGUGAACUUCGGAGCUGGUUGCCACGGGGUGUUGUGGAGGCAGUGAGAGGAUCUGAAGGGCUUUAUAUGGUGAAUGGGCCACCUAGUUUCACAGAGAGCACAGCGUUUCAAAGGGACUCUGGAAAAAACUGCAAAACUGUUGCUUUUAGCAAGGAUGGUUCCCUCUUUGCCUGGUGCAACGGAGAAAAAGUAAAUGUUGUGAAUGUCACCAGUGCUGGGUUACUGCGUUCCUUUGAUCUUCCAAAGGCAGUUUGCCUUGAAUUCUCGCCAAAGAAUAAUGUUCUGGCAACAUGGCAGGCCUAUACAACUGCUAAAGAUGGCACGGCGGGGGUGCCCAACCUACAACUUCAUGAUGUGAAAACUGGAAAAUGUUUAAAAUCUUUCAUCCAGAAAAAGAUGCAGAACUGGUGUCCUUGCUGGGCAGAUGAUGAAAGCAUUUGUGCCAGGAAUGUAAACAAUGAAGUACACUUCUUUGAAAACAACAACUUUAAUACUAUUGCAAACAAGCUGCAUUUGCAAAAGGUUAAUGAUUUUGUGUUAUCGCCAGGAGCACAGCCAACCAAGGUGGCUGUGUAUGUUCCGGGCAGUAAAGGCGCACCCUCAUUCGUUAGACUCUAUCAGUAUCCCAACUUUGGUGGCCCUCAGUCUGCACUAGCCAAUAAAAGUUUCUUUAAAGCUGACAAGGUGACAAUGCUAUGGAACAAAAAAGCCACUGCUGUGCUAGUAAUAGCUAGUACAGAAGUUGAUAAAACAGGUGCUUCGUACUACGGAGAGCAAACUCUGCACUACAUUGCAACAAACGGAGAAAGUGCGGUCGUACAAUUGCCAAAAAAUGGCCCUAUUUAUGAUGUCGUUUGGAACCCCAAUUCUGUCGAGUUUUGUGCUGUGUAUGGUUUUAUGCCUGCCAAAGCAACGGUUUUUAAUCUGAAAUGUGACCCAGUGUUUGAUUUUGGAACCGGCCCUCGCAAUGCUGCCUACUACAGCCCCCAUGGACACAUCCUAGUGCUAGCAGGAUUUGGAAAUCUCAGGGGACAGAUGGAAGUGUGGGAUGUUAAAAACUACAAACUCGUUUCCAAACCGGUAGCCUCGGAUUCCACGUACUUUGCUUGGUGUCCUGACGGGGAACAUAUUGUAACAGCUACCUGUGCUCCCCGGCUCCGAGUCAGUAACGGCUACAAGAUCUGGCACUACACGGGCUCUCUGUUACACAGCCACGAAGUUCCAUCAAACGAAGAAAUGUGGCAAGUGUCCUGGCAGCCCUUCCUGGAUGGGGUGUUCCCUGCCAAAGCGGUGAAGUACCAGGCGGUUCCGAGUGAGCUGCCCAGCGCUGAGCCAAAGCCUGCUCAAGCCUACAGGCCACCAGCCCUGAGGAACAAACCUGGAACGAGUUCCAAGCUGCAUGAGGACGAGCCACCUCAGAAUAUGAAGCCACAGUCAGUCAGCAGUGAUAAGCCACUCUCUAAAACAGCUCUCAAAAAUCAAAGGAAGCAUGAAGCAAAGAAAGCUGCUAAACAGGAGGCCAAAGCUGAUGCGAACCAUGAAUCUGCACAGUCCCCAGCAUCACAGAAUGCACCACGGAGUGCUGCACCUGCCGUUACAUCUGGAGAUCCUGAAGUUGACAAGAAGAUAAAGAAUUUAAAAAAGAAACUAAAGGCAAUUGAGCAGCUGAAAGAACAAGCAGCUGCUGGCAAACAGCUAGAGAAAAAUCAGUUGGAGAAGAUUCAGAAAGAAACUGCUCUCCUUCAGGAACUGGAAGACCUAGAACUGGGUCUUUAAAACUUCAUGGAAAUCCAGUGCAGUGUUAACACAAAGUUAAUGGAAAAUAUAAUUUGUAUUAACUUGGAACAAAAUAAAAUGUUUCAGCAAAUGACCGAGGAUGUCAAAGUCCACAGAUUUGUUGCACAUUGGCCUUUUAAAAAGCUUUCCUAAAGACUUGUGCACAUGUGAAACAGUAAACCAGUAAUGAAUAUCCCAUCAGCCAGUUCUGCUGCUGUUCAAACCAGAAAUGUGCUUAUGUUCUUCAAGCAGAUUGCCUAAAAAGCCAGAAGCAGCCUGUUGGUUUAUCUUGUCCUUGUUUGGGUGUGAGGAGGGAAGGUGAUGAGGUUUACCCCUUUGAUAGCUUUAUUAUAUUUAAAAAGAUGUGAUCUUUAUGCAAUAAUGGGAUGUAGAUAAAAAUAAAGAGCAUUUAAUAAUAA